AUGGUCCAGAAACCAGACCCGUCAGGCGGAAGCGGACGAGGAGGCAGCCGCGUACGGGCUCUCGCGCACAGAUUCGAGACCGGUGACGCUGGUACGGCUGUGGCUUAUCCUGAAAAAGAAAAUGACGCGACUAUAACCAAAGAGAAGAAAUCGGAGAUGCUCCUGGUCGUACACUAUCCAAGAAAUAUCAGGAAAUGCAAUCAACCGGCUCGUGCUCGUUUGAGUCGUGGUAGAGCUCCAUCGCAAAAGAAACGGCCACAGAGUAGUUCGGAUCCGCCAACACCGCAUAAACAAACGUUUGGCUUACGAAAAAGUGGAUCCGCACAUUCCAACCUCUGCGCGGUUCAGCAGCCCCCGGAACAGAACACACCACGAAUGCGACGAGAAAAACCUCCUCCACCGGCGAAACCGCAAGAUCUUGCGCAACGUGCGAUGGCGUGGAGUCAAUGCAGUCAACCCGGACCUUCAACGCAAACCGAGUUGCAGGAACGUGAGCCCUCCACAACUCGGGAACAAACAAAUCGAACUUCCGUUGAAGUGUCGGAAGUUCCUACAGCAUCCAGUACACCAACAACAAGCAGAAAUUCUCGUCCUCGCCUGGCUCCGCCUCCUCCACCACCUCCCAAAAAACCGGCCAGACUAAUUCCACGUGGUCAAUCUUCAGAUAGUUCGGAUCAUAUCACUAGAGUAGAAGUUGAUCCAUUCUCAAACGAUAUUUACCAACAACUACCGUCACCAGAAGAGAAAUCGCCAAGGGCACCGUCAUCCAUGGUUCCGGAUGAAUAUCCGAGACCCAGUGUUCCAACCAUUCCUCUCCCUCUCCCCCCACAAUCGCAUGAGAAUCCUGACGAGGACUGCGAAUGCUAUGAAGAGAUUGAUUACAGUUCGGAUACGUUGACGAAGAGCAGCGUGGAUUUUUCCUCCGUCGACAGCGCUCAGGCGUACACGGCUUCUGGCAGCGAACCGGCGACCGCCAGAGAUCGGCGAUCAGAAACAUUCGCAGACUCACAAACGUGGAACGCUACUCAUCCUCGUCACUCGUUCUCUCUACCCACCAACAGUUCCUCGAUGAGUCCCAGCUUGGAUCGUCCACUUACUGCUACUUUGAGAAGGAAAAAGCCACUGUCGCCUCGUACAUCUGGUCCAUCUGAACUGGAAAAACUCUUCCGUUUCAAGAGCACAUUGCAACAGAACAUAUCUAAGAAGAUGGGUCAAUUACGUCAAAGAGUUGGCGAUAAGCGAAUUCGUCAAUCGCAUUCCGAGGGUACGAAGGAUGUCGAUUAUGUCAUGAGAGGUGACGUGACGACUUCCGACACGACCACUCACUACAAAACCACCGACGACGACGAUAUCUACGUGUACGGUGACGAAUGGAGCAGUGAUGAUGAUGACGAUCAGAAUGCGUACAAUGAUCGACGUUCGUCGAUGUAUAAAGAACUAGAACAACAGCUGAAUAGAGCGUUUCCGGUGACGAAAAUGGAAUCUGAAUAUGAAUAUGAUUCGGCUGAUUUGGUCGCGGACGAGAAUCGUGAACGUCCAGAGGCGCUGCCAUUCGCAUCGCUAUCUGUCACAGGCUCCAACAUGGAUGAUCCCUCCCCUGAGGAGGAGGACUACGCGCGACAGUACACGAGUCGUCUACCUACCGAUCAACCUCUCUAUCAAAUCUACAUGUUGGCAGAAAACGACAAACUCUUCGACAGUGUGCUUUUAAGGUCGAACGAUAGUGCUUGCGGUCACGAAGAGCACACGAUGGAUUCGUCCGGUUCUGUUGAUUUGUUCCGCCGUGAAUCUUGUGCUUCUUCGGAUUCUGGCCGAGGAGCAGAUUGUUCCACAUCGGCGUCCGCGCUAACAUCCAACACAUCUAUGAGACGUGAACGGCUAAUAGCGACAUCCCAUUUCGGAAGUCAACGAAGCCUUUGGUGUGAGCUCGAGGAGGUCCGAGCAGCAGGUUUGCUGAGCACCUUGGAUGAGGAGACAAAGAUGCGUCAGGAAGCGUAUUUUGAGGUGAUCACGAGUGAGGCGAGUUAUUUGCGCUCGUUAAACAUUUUGAUCACACAUUUCAUGGCCAGCCAGGAAUUGAUGGGAUCAAAGAGCUCAUUCUCCGUGAUCUCAAAUUCAGACCGAAAGCAACUAUUCAGUAACAUUUUUGCUGUUCGAGAUUGCAGUGAGAGACUACUCUCUGAUCUGGAGACUCGUCUGGAGCAGAGUUUGGUCCUCGAUGAUCUGUGCAGCAUACUUCUGCAUCAUUUCGAGACAAAUUUCGACGUAUACAUCAAGUACUGCUCGAAUCAGGUAUAUCAAGAAAGGACUCUCCGCCGUCUAAAAGCUGAGAAUCCAGCAUUUCUAACCGCAGUGUCCAGAAUGGAAGCGGACAGGCAAUGUCAGGGUCUCGACAUGCGUUCGUUCCUGAUGUUACCUAUGCAACGCGUCACCAGGUAUCCCCUGUUGGUUUAUGCUAUUUUGGAUCGAUUGAAACGAGGAUGUGACGAAUACGAGGUGGCAACAAAAGCACUUCAUGCAGCUAAUAGGGUGGUAGGCGAAUGUAAUGAAGGAGCAAGAAGGAUGGAACGGACCGAACAGCUGCUCGAAGUUGAUAGUCGGCUGGUAUACAAGGAUCCAGACUUAAAGAAAAUCGCAUUGGUUUCUAAUUGUCGCUACCUUGUUAAACGAGGCUCACUUGUCCAGCUGAUGGAAAGGAAAAAUAGAACUAUUCUGCAGGGGAAACAGAAGACCCGCAACGUCUACAUAUUUCUUUUCUCGGAUAUUAUUCUGGUAACGAAGAAAAAACUAAAUGGCACCUAUGAAUGCAAAGACUACGCCGCUAGGCGCUACAUUGAUGUACAGCCUCUGGAGGUGGAUCCGAAUCGAAUGAUUAAUGGCGCAGUCUCCUCGUUAACAACUCGUCCACAUCUGUUCCUUUGCGUUUUCAUGCGAAAUGCACGCGGAAGACAAACGGAACUUCUGUUGAACGCGGAAUCUGAAACGGAUCGAGAACGAUGGCUGAGUGCUCUGCGCCCUCCUAUGUCUGCAAAUCCUGAGGAGAAAAUCUAUGCGGAAUGGGAUUGUCCGCAGGCGGUGGCUGUCCAUACUUACAACAAGAAUCAGGAUGAUGAAUUGUCGCUAGAAGUCGGCGAUAUGGUCAAUAUUCUUAGAAAAAUGCCUGAUGGUUGGUUUUUCGGUGAAAGAAGUAGUGAUGGGCAAUCCGGAUGGUUUCCAUCCUCAUAUGUUCAGCAAAUCCUUAACGAUCACGUGAGAGCCAAUAAUUAUCGCAAAAGGCUACGUCUUAUUCAGGCAGCAGGAUCGGUUUCGGCUCGUGAAUCCCCAGUUCGAAGCAAUGCCACACCGCUGAUGGAUAGACUAAGAAGAAUGAGUAAUCCACGUUUUCUUUUCCAAGCUGAUAGUACGGUAGCACUAUGA